AUGCCCGCCAUAUUCUUUGCGCCCAGCUCGCUAAUGCCAUUCCGUCCUCCCCCCUUUCAGUGCGAUGAGGUUCACCCGCGAUGUGGCAACUGCGUGAAACACGGCGUCAUGUGCGAUUUUGAGAACCCCGAAGUCCUCGACGAGCUGGCCGCCGCCGCCACACCCACCGCCGCGAGAAGCCCGCCGGUGCCUUCACCCACGCCUGUGCAGAACAACAAUAUUCACAACGGCCACGCCACUACUAUCAAUGGAAACGGCAUAAACGGCAUGAACAGCUCACGGCCGUCUCCGCGCAAGCAAUCUCCCGUGCCUGCGCCGUCCGUCUCGUCGCCAUCCGUCACAGAAUCCCUCCACAACUCAGCCACCCAAAGCAUACCAAGCGUCCAGAGCGCCCCAAGCGUCCAGAGUCUGCCGAGCGUCCAGAGCCUUCCGGGAAUCCAAAACCUCCCGGGAAUCCAGAGACUCCCGAGUAUUCAGAGCUUCCAGAGCGGCCCGCCGCCGGCACCCGCCGCUGCCCCCCCGCGCCCCGUCGAUCGCAUGCUUGAGCUUCGGCUCUGGCAUCACUUCACCACGAGCACCUACAGAACUCUUCUCCACAACGUACCCGCUGCCGAUGACAUCUGGAAAUUUGAGGUACCAAAGUUGGCAUUUUCCGGCAAGACAUAUCUAGCCGACGCUAUUCUUGCCGUGUCGGCCCUCCACCUGCGAUCCCUGAAUCCAGACGACAGGAACCUUGUACAGGCCACGCAUGCCUACUCUGCCUCUGCCCUGGCCGACUAUUGCUCCUCCUUGGCCGGUGGUAUCCAAGAUGAAAACGCAGAGGCGCUAUUUCUCACCGCAUGCCUCAUAGGUUUCCAAGCCACGGCCUCCCGCAUAUUCAUCAAGGAUGAUAGUGAAAUGACACCUAGUACGAGCAAAAACCCAUCCCGAUAUCCUCUACCUACAGCUUGGUUCCACGCUUUCCAAGGUGUUAAGACCAUUGUCGCAACCUCAUGGCAGUGGAUUUUUAACAGUCCUACUGUCGUCGCCGUCAUCAAUUCACAACCUAGUUUCCAGCUGGACAUGAAUCCUCUAGGUUCCAGCUCCUUUUUCGGCCACCUCCUCGAAGGCGUAGAGGACGAGAUAUCGUCAGAAGACCCCCAGGUGAAUCUGCUCUCUCAGCAAGGAUACGUCCACGCCGUGUCUGUUCUCAACUGGGCUCAUCAGAACCCGUAUCCGCCAGCAACUCUCGCCUUCCCAGCUGCCGUCUCUAAGCGGUUCGUCCAACUCCUCGAGGCCAAACGCCCGCGCGCGCUCGCCAUUGUCGCGUGCUUCUUUGCGUUGCUGAAGCGCAUGGACAACGUCUGGUGGUUAGGCGACGUCUCGCGGCGCGAGGUCAUGGGCCUAGUGAGUCUGUUUGAGCCCGGCUCCGGCUGGUGGCGGCACCUCGAGUGGCCCGUCCGCAUCGCGCUCUGGGAUGGUGACGCCAACGCCAUUCCCGCCUCCGUGUGGGGAGCCGAGUGUGAAGAGGAGCCCACGGGCGAGUACGGCCUGGUCGAGACGAUGAAGAACCACGUCGAGCUGCUGGCGCGUAUGAGCCACGCCAUCCCACAAUCACCGACAGCGGACUUGACGGACAUUGCCGGAGAGUUGGGCUUCGCUGCUGUACCCUUGGAUUAG